GUUUUAAAGUCGUAUAAAGCGGUAACUUCCGAGCCGACGCUGAACGCAGCUACAUUCUCCACCGCAGCCGAUUCAACACAACAAUGAACGUCGCUCAUGAAGUUGAACUGCUGGUGCAGGAGAUUCAGCGUCUCGGCAGUAAAAAUGCUGAUGGCCAAGUCACUGUGAAGUUUGGAGUCUUAUUCAAUGACGACCGUUGCGCCAACAUCUUUGAGGCACUGGUGGGCACCCUGAGGGCAGCCAAGAGGAAGAAAAUUGUCAGCUACCAGGGCGAGUUGCUUCUGCAAGGCGUCCACGAUGACGUCGAGGUCGUCCUGCUCCAAGGAUGAGGCCAAAGCUGGGGACCGGACGGGCUUGGAGCAGCUGUGGGUCACACCGAGCUCCUUCCAAAUACUGAGCUUCUGUCACUGAGCUUCUAUUGUCAGUUCCCUUCCCUCAUGUACAGCAAGGCUCAGUAUUUGAAUUCCAACAUAACGACCGAAAUGAUUAGAUCAAACAGUACACAAUACGGACCCAGCAGGCAUGUCUGCUUAUGAUUUCACUUGAUUUCACUGUGUCAGGCAGAAUCACACGAGGGUGUUUCAGAAUAUUUUAGGUUAAUCAGGGGUUGAUUAAUGGCCACGUAACAAGGAAACGUUCUGUCUUUCUCAGGCGCUGCUGUUUUUUCAACCACGGGUCUGACAUGUCAUUUUGAUACACUUGUAAGACUAUAAACGCACAAAUCAGGAAUGUAAUAAUUUGUACAAAAGGUUGAUUUUAUUGUUGAUUUCUGGAAAAAGUACAGAUAGGAAUACUAUCACAACCAAAUGCCUCUCUUUGGUGGUAUCAGAGUCAGGAUAAAGGAUGCACAGAACAAGACACUGGCUCCAUUUAACAACUUUGAGAGACUUCUUCUAAACAUUUUUAAUUGGAACACUCUGAUCUUGACAAGUAGUAAGUAAUGGAUUCUUGUUUUUAAAGCUGCACCAGGAAAAGUCUCUCCGCAACAGCCUCACGGCUUAAAAUCAUGUAUUGCGUUGAGUUUUUUUCACAUUUAGUCUAGUGCAGCUUUAAGACAACGGGUAGUGUUUGUCCACCAACAGUGUUAACAAAUGGCAGUUCCAUUCAUCGUUUACAUGAGCCAUUGAUACUACCUCUCGUGGACUUAUUAAGACAUUAUUAGACCAGUGCUUUUGGAAAAAUGAGAACAGUCCCUUCAUAAAAUCUACAACAACAAUUGCAUUUCAAGAAAGACUUUUGCACCUUUUUGUACUCAUUGCAAUCUGCUAGAGUAGUUUUUAUGCCAUCUUUUUAUAAGUGGUCAAUACUGAUUUUUUUUUUUUUUCUUUCUGCUAAACGAACUCCAAAACUUGCCUUUUCGUAAGAAAAAGUCGAUGAGAAAAUGGCGAAUGUAUUUCUCGUGCAAUUUUUAUUAGUGUAUAAUUACAGGGUGAUUGGUGCCAAAUGCGGGAGAUGAAUUUACAAAUGUUUCUCAGGACCAAAAAUCGACGCAACCAAAAUAUGUUUAAUAAUUGUCCUGUGGCUUAAAGUAGGUGUCUUACUUGUGACACAAGAUGUGCAUUUAUAGUUUUAUUAGUUUGUAAUUUUUUUUUGUUUUUACCACUCUUUUUUUUUUUUCUGUACUGUAGGUAAAAUGAUACUUGCAGAUCAGGCGUGACCACAUAUCCUCAACAGGCACUCCCAGCUACAUUAAGAGGCCAAGAGUGGGCGAAAUUACAUAAACGAAAUAAUGAAAUCCAACAUAAUUACGUAGACAAACACUGUUAAAUAUUUUUCCUUAACUCAGACUGAAAUCAUUUGCUUUUAUCAUAUUUGGUAUUUAUUGUUUAAUUCCAGCUGUUUCAAAAUGUCCUGUUCCUGGAAGUAUAUUUUAUUUUUCGAAAUGCCAUUUUUCCAAGUGACUAUUUUGGUUGAAAAUGCUUUCCUUCAUAACAAAGAAUUUGCUAUGACAGUUCCAGCUAUGUGAUUGGCUAUUAACUCAUUCAGACCCAAAGCUAACAGCCAAUUGCAGACCUCGUCUUUCCAUCCUUACCUUCUUGGUUUACAAAAACUUUGUCAUGAAAUCUGGCAUCGAUAGGUUACCGGAGAAAUACAUUUUUGAAAUAAGAAUGUGUUUUGGGGAGAAAAGGACAAUUGAAACAAAAUAACAAUGUAGUUAACAACUUAUUGUGAAAAGAAGCAUUUUAAAGAUGUAUUUGUUACAUUUAAAAUUCUGUCUAUAAUCAUACAAUUGAUUUAAUAAUUACAUUUUUACCACUCUGAGUCUCUGUAUAUAUAGUUGGUAAGAAGCUGCCGCUGUUUAGACGUGAGAAGAAGGAUUUGUCUUUGAUACAUUCUUAAGGACCAAACAUCAACUCCAAAUAUUUGCCUGUAUAGUAUCAAACUAUUUCUCCUUCACUCAGUUUACAUGCCUCACCUGCAAGUGUCAUAAGACCAUUUUACACUGCUGUCAUAUCAACCUAGCUUAAUCUUUUAGGUUUCAGGUAUUGUCUGCUAGACUUGAACUAUGUGACUUUUUUUUCCUCAACCGUAUAUGAAACCAUUCACUCACUGUGUGAUGGUGCUCUAAAAACAGCCUUGGUGGCACAAAUGGGUUAAAAUCAGGAAAACUGAAUGAGCAUAAUCAUGUUUUAGAUAUGAAUGAAACUGUAAUGUAGCCUAGAAGAGACUAGUCAUGUUAAAAAGCAAGUGUGAGAAAGAAACCUGCUGCCUGCCAUCACUGUCAUUUUGUAUUGUCCUGCUGUUGUUGCACUGGAGUGAGUUCAGAUGGCGUCCUGAACAUGAAUGCGAACUGAGUACAAGUCAGCAUUUAGCAAGAGGAGAAAAUUAUGAUCAGAACGGUGCCAAUACCUCGAGCCAUUUCUGAACUUAGUGGGACGCUUGCAUGAUGUGUUCACGUGUGUCAUUACUAUCUUUUUCGUAUUGGCAAUAACACAUUCCAAAAUGAACAGAGGUGUCUGUUACUGUGGGAUGAACUCCAAGGAAUUAAAACUUUACACUUGAAGCCUUGAACCUGCUCUGCUGCAUGUUU